AGAGAGCGGACGUGCACGGACGCGUUUACGCUGGUACAUCGCAUCGCUGGAUUCCGUUCGGUUACGUUCUGGCGUGUUUUUUUCUGUUUGUCGCGUUGUUAUUAACUUUUGUAUUUUACUACCACUACGGAACGUUGUAUAAUUUCUGUUUCUGUUCUCCAGCGUUUACGCGCCGCUUUUUGCCUUUUUGCCACCUGUACAAGUGUGUGCUGAAAAAAGAUACACAGUUUGGGCAAUAGAGCGUUUUCAAUGCCGGCUUUAAAGUGUGUGUUUUGCUGACGUUCCCAACUGUCAUAUCUAAUUCGUGCCAACAGUCCGAGGAAAUAGUAAUAAUAUAAGUGGAAGAGCGAAGCAACAGUGCAAUUGAAUAUACUUACUUACAUAUGUAUGUAUGUAUAUCGUUAUUAUCAGCGGAUAUCGCUCAUGCGACGUAUGUUACCUUGAAAGAAAAGCGCCAAACUUGUGUCACCUAUUGUGUACCUAUUCCACAUAAUUUCCAUAAUUUCUCCCUGUGUAUGUUUGAGUGCGUAGCCGAAUAUUAAGUGAAGUACAGAAGCAACAACAAGCCACAGCAGCAAGCACAUCAGUUACUAUUAAAUUAUAUUGCAAGUUACAAGCUGGGGGAGAAAAAAAGAAAAAAAAAAAACAACAAAUAAUCAAGCGAAACAAGGCGAAAAAAAUACACAACAAAAUCAAACAAUAACAGUAAGGGCAGCGAAGAGAACAUUUAAGUGAGCAGCGACUGCGCCGUAGACGUCAACUGCGACAGCGGCUGAGGGUGCAGCAGAAUUAACAACAACAUCAGGGAAAAUAGACCCACAAUGUCGAAAAACUGAUGAGCCAACAAGAUGCAAGCGGUCAUGGACACGGCCGCUAUGGCCAUCGCCAUGGGAUCGUCCGGUUCCGGAUCCGUAUCCGGGCUUAGCUCCGGCUCCAGUUCCGGGCCGGGCAGCAGCAGCAGUGGAAGCAGCAGCAGCGGAUACGGAAGCGCCACGACCACGCCCACCAGCGGCGGCCACUUUGACAAUUCGCCCACCUCAAUGCCAAUGGCCACCAUAGCGACAGUGGCUCCGUUCUACAGCGAAGCGCUGACAUCGCUGGACGCCCAGCAGAGACAGCAACAGCAGCAGCAACACAAUCCAAGUCACUAUUACCCACAGAACUACGGAUACGGAAAUUCCCUGCCCCUAGAUACCGCCUACAACUACAGUGGAGCUCCGUACAACUCGUACAGCAGUGGAGCAGUGGGACAACAAUUGUCUGGAAACAGUUACCCCGUAAGUGGAACUCGCUACGAAAAGCUCACUCCCGCUGGGGGGGCCAAGUAUGGAGGAAAUCCAAUUGGCGCAACCGGUACGGGUAUCAAGCCGCAGGCUACGGCCACGCCCUUCUACGCCCAACCCCUUUCCGGAGGUGCAGCAGGCUCCGGCGGUUAUAUUAGCCAGUCGAAUGCCACUUACGAUCCGUACAAGUACAAGAUUCCCUCCUCACAGGCUGCAACGCAUUCGAUGAUGCCAAGUAAUAUGGCAGGCAGUACUGUUCCGGGUACAUCAUAUGGCCUACCCCUAAAUCCUGGAGCCGUGCCCCAAAAACAGACGCAGGUGUCGCAACAGACACAGCUUACCCAACUGGAGCCGAACUAUGCGGCCAUUAAGCCUAGUAGAAGCUAUCAGGGAAUGUCCACAGCUGCGGUUUACGGCGGAACUGGUGGUAACUCCAGUGGAGUGAUGAAUAAUCCCACGUCAGCGCAAUAUUACGACAAGUACGGAAUGGCCAUGUCCAUGUACUCGCCAAAUGGCGGCUUACCCAUGUAUAGCCAGCCCGAUAUGGGUCCCGAGUCCGCCGGACUGCAAUCUUACAGGAAGCCCACCAACAACUGUCAUUGGGGAGUGGACUACAAUUCGCCCAAUUAUCGAUCUCUACCACCGGCGACAGGCCCCAACAGCACUUACCAUCACCCCCAUCCUACUCCCGGGCCCGGGCCCGGACCUGGACCCGGACCUGGACCCGGACACGGAACCAUCAACAGCGAACUAUUUUACGGGUCCACGAAAUACGAUAAAUACGGAAGCGCCGGAGUUUCGCCGUAUGUCAGCAAUCCGUAUGGGGUUCCUUCGAUUACGCAAUCCUAUGCCAGCAGAAAUUUGUGGUCAGGUACGGAGAAUGCGCCUUUAAGUUCCCGCCAGAAUUGUUGCUCGCAGGGAUACCCCUUGAACCAGCAGAACUGCUAUUACCCGAGGGGUAAUGGUUACGGAUCUAUUUCCGGCCCCUAUGGAACAUCAGGAAGCGCCCCGCAAUCGCAACCUCAAUAUCCGGGAACUGGACCAUCCGCCGCUGCCAUGAAGCUCAAGCAUCCGACUGAUAUGUACGUGGGCCACGGCCCCUACGAAGCCACGCCUAGUCAACUGGGCUAUGGAUAUAGUCCACAGGCGCUCUCAGGUUCCACCACAUCGAAUAACCUGAACAGCCAAAGAUAUACGGCGCCAAUGGGGUUGGGGAUGGGCGGCAUGGGAAUUGGUAUCGGCAUGGGCAUGGGAAUGGAUCCCGGGAGCGGAGGCUACUACAAUGAUCUGAGUCUCAACACCUUGGACAGCUAUGUUUCUCCUACGAUGCCCCAGCAGCCCUUGCGAACACAACCCUAUCAGGAUUAUCGCAAGAGAUCUGGAAUUGUUGGUCCCACCUCCUCGGCAAAUUGUUAUCUAGGACAGACUGGAAAUUCAGUUGGCGGAUCCCUCACCAACCUCGAUGCACAAGUGGAAAACUAUGUGGGCUUCAAUCUCCACGCCGCGGCACCCUCCAACAUAAAUUACACUGUGGAGUCGACGAAAGGUACCCAGAAUUACAACAUUCGCGACUUUCUCUCCACGUGGAAGGUUGACGACGAAGAUGAAACAAGUGCUGUUCUUGAGAUGGAUCCUCCGGCUGUGGCGCUGGUGGCACCAGUACCUAGCACACCCAACUUUAUGUACGAAUCUCUGCCACCGACAGGACCUCAGGCCACAGCAGUCGUGGAUCAUCAAUGCAUUAACCUACCAGACAUAAUUAUAGACAUUGAAAAGGCCAAUGGAAAUGGCAGUGGUCCCGUGGACGAUUCCUUUGGCAGUUUCGACGUGGAGAAAGAGUUGGAUGAACUGCGUCUCAAAACGAAUGCCUCUGAGCAACAACCCGUCAACGAAAGCGAUGCCUUGGCGGAGAUCCUCCGAGAACCAGACCCUGAGUCAUUGAUCGAACAAUCCGCCGAUCCUCCCUUGCCCAGUCCCAUUUUAAACAGCAAUGAGGCCUAUGAAAAUGUACCACAACCACCUGUCCCUAUGGACUUCGAUCAGAAUAACAGCUCAAACUCAAACGAAUCCACCUUUGCUAAGGAGUACGAGACCUUUAUUCACAAAAUCGAUGGUACCGAGAGUGACCCCGGAGAAGCGACUGUCCGGGUUGAGAGAGAGAAUCCGAAAAGAUUUAAGUUUUAUAAAAGAAAGCGCAGAACCACAGAUCCCCAGGAUAGGUUGGAUCAAAAGGAUGAAGAACCACAGGUGGGUCCUUGCCAAAAUCAAAAUGAAAUCUCUCUCUCGGCUAAAACUUUGGCCAGAGCCAGUAAGAAACUUCUGGCAAAAAAACGGCGAAAUCGCAUUAAUUUGCUUAAGAUCCUGGAAUUCGAGAGCCCAAAAAUAAAAUAUCGGCAUUAUUUUAGGAUACUGAAAGUCUUGCGAAAGAAAACCGCCUAUAGUAAAAACAGAGAACUCCGAUCCAGCCUAAUGAAGAAGCAGUUAACCAUUUUGAAAGAGAAACGGCUGCCUCUGAUCAAGAGGCUGAUGAAGAAAUACGAUGCGACUCCGGAUUUGCAUAAUCCCCCUAGUCUCAAAGGGCUGAGUGUCUCGGCCUUGAAUUCCUCCGAAUUCAGGAGCAGUAUACUGAGUGGAACAGAUCGGGAGACGGUCAUCAAGAGUGUGUGCAGCUACAAAGAUAAGACUGAGGAAGUUCAUAAAGAGCCAGAUCUGGAGGAGCAGGGCUUGGACACCAGUUCCCUGGAGCUGCAGUCAAACUUUAAGGGGUUUGAUGACAUCGAAAAUACGAACAUGUCCCCAAAAAUUAAAUUGAGAGUGGAGCUGGACGACGAGGGAAGCGACAAGAGCCCCAUUAAAAGGGAAGUGGAGCAUGAUGUUCAAAAUAAGGAGGAGCAAAUACAAGCGUGGCUGAAAAAUAGUGUGGUACCCACCCCAGAACCAGAAAUUCAUGCUGAAAUCCCGAAACAAGAGGCUGGUGUAGCGGAGUCGACAUCUUCGUCAUCUUCUUCAAGCUCGAGCUCCAGUAGUUCCAGUUCGGACGAAGACUCUAGCAGCUCGAGCAGCCAGGAAGAUGAAGGCGUUUCUUCAAGUAGCAGCAGUUCCAGCAGCACCAGUUCCCGGAGUUCUUCAACUGGAGAAGAGAGCGACUUUAACGAGCUGGCCGCCCUGGAAAAAGAACUCUCCCAAUCGCAAACCGGAGAGCACAUGGGGGAGCUCUCUCCCCGGGAGAUAAUUUUCAAAGAGGAGAGCCCUGAAGAGUUACACCCAGAAGUGGAGGUCUUCAACCACGAUAUUGCCAAACUGAAGCAGAUCCUGGAAAGCGAUGGCGAAGCAAAGCCAAGUGACCUUAGUAAGAUUGCCUUAAAUAGUUCCUUAAAAUCAAAUGAGUUAGUCGUAAGAGAGGAAAUGGAAACUGACCUUUUAGGAGCAUCCGAAUCUCCGGAUAGAUGUGGUUCUGCUCCUACUCCCCGAGAACUAAGCGUCGAGGAGGCGCUGGCGGAAAUGUAUCAGCUUUCAGAUCUCGAGGGCAAGGAGGACGACGAGGAGCCGAACACCAACGGUCAGGAUGUACUGCUUAUCAACCUGGCCGAGAUAUUUGACUCCAGCAGUGAUCUCUAUGUGGUACAGUGCGACAUGAACGAGAACAUUCUGGGCGUGGUCGCCAAUGAGGAUCAGGAGGCCGAGGUUCAACCCAAUCAGGCUAGUCUUGGUCAGGUGAGUCCCGCCGCGGAGGAGCAGGCCGACACUCUGCAGCUCAUCCAGUUGUUGGCUGAGCCCCAACCAGAAUUUGAUGCCACGCCACUAAUACAUCACGAGGAGGUAAUUCACGAUGAGAAGCCUGAUCCGCAAAAGGAUCGGCGAAAGUUGCUCAAAUAUCUGCAUGGGAAGUAUGUACAGAGUCGGAUAAGUCGCUUCUACCACGCCCAUCAAGUCCUGCGGAAGUACAAGCGCCAAAGAGCAGGGAAGAAGCGUCUCGGGAAAGUCAAAUAGGUUUGCAGCUUUUACCAAAGAUAUUUCUGGUCCCUGGACAGGAUCAGAUGUGUUCGGCUCGUCGAAAAAGGCGAUCGAGUCGAAAGUAAAUAAAAGAUACACCACACGUACACGUUAGAUACACCACAAAAAAAAAAAACAC